AUCACCAGUUCUUCCUUCGCUUCCUGAUAGCUUGGUAAAAGAUAGCGGGCGAGCGGUCGGAGGUAUUACUGAUGUAUUUUUGUCGAAAAACGGCAUAAUCGUCCAAGAACGAGCCUCUGGAGUGUCUAAGGUGUACGUUUAGGAGAAGAAAAUGAUCCGCUUCAUCUUGAUCCAGAACCGAGCUGGAAAGACACGACUGGCCAAAUGGUACAUGCAGUUUGACGAUGAUGAGAAGCAAAAAUUAAUCGAAGAAGUGCACGCUGUGGUGACUGUCAGGGAUGCCAAGCACACCAACUUUGUGGAGUUCCGAAACUUUAAGAUCAUAUACCGACGCUACGCUGGGCUAUACUUCUGCAUUUGUGUGGACGUGACUGAUAACAACUUGGCAUAUCUCGAGGGAAUCCACAACUUUGUCGAGGUGCUCAACGAGUACUUCCACAACGUGUGUGAAUUGGACCUCGUCUUCAACUUCUACAAGGUGUACACGGUCGUGGACGAGAUGUUCCUCGCCGGAGAGAUCAGGGAGACCAGUCAGACCAAGGUCCUCAAGCAGCUCCUCAUGCUCCAGUCGCUGGAGUAGAAUACAAAACCUCCUCAACGUCCCCAUCCCUCCUUGUCCUGUCACAGGAGGGGAGUUCCUACUCUAAUAGAAAUUCAUAUAUUGUCAUGUUGUUGCACUGCUCAUGAAGGCCGUCCAUUUCAGGGACUUUUAAAAAAAUAUAUAUUUAAGCCCUGCGUUAGAAUCUGAAUUAUAGGCUUUUACGGAGGGAAGAAACUCGUACCACCGUCUUCUCCAAUCAUCUUAAAAGCACUACUGUAAUGAAGCACCAUCAUGAUCAGUGCAGUGUAUCCCGUCAUCCUUUUUUUAAAACAUGAUUUUAAAACCUGCUGGUGAUGUCAUGUCACACACGGCCUGAGUGCGCGAUGACAAAACACAGCAGGUGACGGCUGUACCUUCGCAAAGGCAUUUCAACUUAAUGACGUGGUGCUUGUAUGUCGCACAUUUUGGGAAGCAGUACCGCUGUGUGUGCUUAGUAUGAUGUGUGCAGUGUAUCUCGUUGAAUAUCAUGGAACGCAUUCAUUCCAGCAGCACGCUACUUGUGCGCUUCAAACAGUAUUUACCUGUUAAAUAAAUGUAUUAGGUGUCACUUAUUGGCUUUUAAAUACACCACCACCUAUCGUAACAUAAUACUAACCUUAUUCUACCAAACAUGUUUCUUUUUGUAUUUUGAGUAGAGUAGUUCAAUAUAUACUGCUUCCUUUUGUCCGUUUUUUUUUACUAGUGUUGUCUCCCAGCACAAUACCCCCAAAAUGUCCCAUUAUAUGUAAAUAAAUAAAGUAUGUGAACAAA